ACCGCAUCACGAUCCGUUUCAUUCCGUUCCGAGAUGAGUCGACUUCCGCUGUGUCUGAUGGUGGUACUGGCGGUGGCGAUUUGCCCCGGCCACGCCUACAAGGCACCUGAGGCUCAAGUGCGCGUGUUCUAUCCCAAGGGAUUCGAGGUCUCCAUUCCGGAUGCGCCGGGUAUUUCGCUGUUCGCCUUCCACGGCAAACUAAACGAGGAGUUCGACGGACUGGAGGCUGGGCAAUGGGCACGGGACAUCCCAAGUGCCAAGAAGGCACGUUGGACGUUUCGGGAUCGCGAGACCAAGCUGAACCAGGGCGAUACCCUGUACUUCUGGACGUAUGUGGUGUACAAUGGACUCGGCUAUCGCCAGGAUGAUGGGGCCCAUGUGGUCACCAGCUACGACAAUCAAUAGAAGUGAAAAAUUCAAACAACAAAGACAUAAAAUUUAAAGCCGAGCUUAAAGCUCACAUACAAUCUUAUUAUAGUUACACCAAAAAAAAAAUUUAGCCAAAUUAGAAAUUUUAUAUCAAAUAAAAGCUAUUGUUAAUGAAUUUAAAAAAAAAGUUUGUUACAGAUAAAUGCAGUAGUUUACGAUCUUUAAAUGUGUUCAACAAAAAAUUGUUCUUAAUGAGGUGAUACAUGAUUUCGGAAAUAAUAUUUUUUUCUUUCUCAGGAAUUAGAGACUCCCUAGGUAUAUAUUUUUCUACAUAUUAGAAAUAGGCUUUACCACUUAACACUUUUUCAUGUCAGCUUUUCCUUCUCAGGAUCAGAAAAUUCAAGAAAAUCUUUUUUUUUUAUAAAAGUUAAUCAAUAUAAUUGAUAUUUAAAUCAAAGGUAUGACAAAACUUUAAUGAAAAUUCAUAUAUCAUGCACUCUCCGCCCGUUGUUAUUGUCCUCCGCCGCUUUUCAUUGUGGCCGUAACGUAUUUAAUUAUUUUCGUUAGUAAAAACACUUUUAUCCAAUGCAAAUUUAUGCACUUUUAAACGCUGUAAUUAAUCAUAAAUAAAACGCGAGGCAUUAAUGGCCAAAUGGAGCGCAGGGCACUGCAAUGCGAUGGUCUGAAAAUUGCGUAAAAUGAAGCUCGCUCUCAAACCAACCGAUAUAAUUUGCUUUAUGCACUGACCAGAAUGCACGUACUCGCCUACAGUGGCUUUCAAAAUAUUAGUCAUGCGCUGAAUAAUAAUUAAAUAUUAAUUAUAAAAUUUCCUUUUUGUGCUUUAUAUUUAUUUUAUUUUUAAAAAUGUCAAAGUUGAUCAUUUAGAGAAAUCAUUUUUGAAAUUUAAGGUAUUAGAAAUAUAAUAUUAGCUUAGUUGCUCUAUUUAUUUUACAUAAAACAACAUUUAAAUCUUUCAAUUUUUGUUUGGCUUUGAGUUACUACUCUUGAAGGCUAUUUAAGUAGAUAUAUUUUUAUUUAAAUAGUUUGUCUUUUGCUGAUAUAAAUUUGGUUAGUACAGCUAUACAUGUAAUUUCUGUUAUUAUCAAAUAGUUUUGUAAAAAUAAUAAUUGUAAAUAAUUAUUACGAUACUUCCGUUUAUACAGGUAAAGGAAGCUGUCCAUUUUGUUUGAAAUUUAAUUAAGGUAUUGUAGCUUCCAAAAAUUGUAUAUUUAUAUUGAAAAACUAAUAACGAAGUUAAAGGAUUAAAAAGAAUAUGAUCGGAUAAACAGCUAAUAAACGGGAGAUUUAGCUUAAA